CUCUGAAUCAGUCAGUCACUUUCGACCCGGUCGACGAGUUGGUGUUGUCACGCUAUCUGACCAUUUUUCUCUGUUUCCACCCCAUUUGCCAGCCUUCCGCGCCACAAAAGUACCCCGUGGGGCCAGAAAAGUGUCUCUGUGUCCAUCUGGAAGUGUUUGUGAUUGGUGUUUGAGGGCCAGAAGGGCUCAAUGGGGGCAAAAAAGUGAUUUGAGGAAGUUGUGACUUGUGCAAUGUGUCAAAAGUAGCGACAUCUUGGUCGGCUGCAUAUUUGAUGAAAGUGUAAAAAGUUUAUGAGGGAGGAAGAAUAGACAGAAAAUUGUGCAAAAAUAAAAUUAAAAGUGAUAUAAAAGUGAUUUUAAGUGAACUGAAAAGUGCUUUGAAAGAAAAAAGGUGACAUUCAAGAGGAUUUCUUGUAUGAUUGCUGUGUACCAGGUGAUUGUAGGUGUUGGGAAGAAGUGUCUGGGAAGCUGAUGCUGGUGACAGUGUUAUGGAGAUGUCGAAGAAGCAGUUGAUAGAGGGAGAUGUGCAAGUGAAUGAGGAGAAGACGAAUGGGAGACUUGGGCCAGGAACCAAUGGUUCAGUGGCCAAGCAUGGUAUGUCCAGCAAUAUUCUGAUGGAAUCCCAGAAGUUUGAGGAGCAAAUUGAAGCGUAUAUGAAUACCCUGGAAGAGGAUGAUAUUCUCUUCAAGUCUGACGAUGAUGAAGAGAAUAUCCGGAAUAUAAGUGAGGAAAUUUCUCUGGGAUUGCGAAAGAAAGUUCGACUGCCACGAAAUAAGCGCACACAGAGAUCUUCUGCUGAGACUCUGUCCACAUCUUCCUCAGAGGCUUCCGAUGAUGAAGAUAUUGUGGCUGUGGUGAAUCAGAAGAGUCCUCUGAGGACACCAGAGGCACUCAAUCAUCACCAAUUAACUUAUCCCAUUCCACAAAUUCCACGUCCCUUCAUUUUUACCAUUGAACGACGUCGUCUGUCGCAGUGCAAGGAGGAAGAAGAAGAGGACAAUCCAGAUAAGACACAGAGUGUCUCGCCCACCGCUGUAUCCAUUCCUGCUGCAUCAGCAUCGAGUCCUCCGGCCGAAGGGACCAUCGUAAAUAGGUUUACAGUGACCAAAGCUGAGCAGGAUAUUGUGCCAAAGGCUGAGGAUGACAAAAAGGAGCAGCAGCCACCUAAAGAGGAAGAAAAAGAGAUUCCCAAGCCAAAUCUUCCGCGACCUGAGAUGGAAAGCCUCCGGAGUUACACCAAACAGCAAAAUUCCCAGACAAUUCACUUUCCCUGCUCCUCGCCAACGGUUAAACCAAAUCUCCAGUCAAUUUUCUCACCAUUGAAUCCUCAUCUGGACAAGAAAUUUUUCGAUACCAGCCUCAUUGAGAUACGACCAAUCACUGAGAGUACAAAGUCCCUCAAUCAAGAGGAUAGCAUUGAUUCGCCGCAUGAAGUAUGGGUUCGGCGUACUGAUGAGCCCAAACGUCCGCCAAAAUCCGAAUCGUCAGUGGAUGGGAAUUCCGGAUCGACGUUACGUCCACAGAGUGCUCCGGCGAGUGUCACAAAGCCCAAGAAAUCGGCCAGGCAGAUCGAAAAGGAGGCCAGGAAGCACGAGAAGGAGCUCAAGAGGUCGGAACGUGAAGCAAGAAAAUCCGCCCAGGAGGCAGCCAGGAAGCUCGAGAGGGAAGCGGCAAAAUUAGAAAAAUUAAAUAGGAAUGCAGAGAAGAUUUCCAGGAGUACUGAACGUGUUGGAGGACCAAGAUCGGGAUCAUUGGAACGUCGACGAAGUGGAGAUGAGUCACCAGUGAUAAAUCAAUCGACAGUUCAUGGAAUUGCCAGCCCAAGUCGGCGACCUACAAUCUUCGAUGUUUUCCGUCCGCGCACCAAAUCGGACACCAAGCGAAAGGACAAGGAUGCAGCUAAAUCGAGUGGAUCCUCGGACAAGGACAGUCUCAGUACUAGCAGCAAUCACAGUGGACCCAGUAGCAUCAUGCAGAGCAUGCGAACGGCCAUCCAGCAUACUGUUGGCCAUCGACAGAGUGCCGGAGCGUCCAAGUACAAGGACGGUUCGGCUCAUCCUCAUCCUGGCAGCGAUGCUCAGUACUAUCACACUGUGACGGCUGUCCGGAGAGCUGAUGCGUCCAAGUCGGCAAUGACCAAGGUGAUGGACCUCUUCAGGCACCGAUCCAAUUCUGCGGUGUCGGAAGCUGACAAGAGAAAAGCGCGUGUUGCUGCUCAUCAACAACAAUUAGCGGCUCAAAGUGCUCAUAUGCGAAGAGCCUCGGCCGAAUUAGAGAAUAGAAGAAGAGCAUCUUUAGGUACUAGUCGGGGUUUACGAGCUGAUGGUACUUUGGAUCCCUAUCAUGCUGCAAUUCUGUUUCGGGACUCAAGAGGGCUACCAGUGGCAGAUCCGUUCCUGGAGAAAGUCAAUCUAUCUGAUUUAGAAGAAGAUGAGUCACAGAUUUUUGUGAAAUUCUUCCGAUUCCACAAGUGCUAUGAUCUGAUACCAACUUCAGCCAAAUUGGUCGUCUUCGAUACUCAAUUGCUAGUAAAGAAAGCUUUCUACGCUUUAGUUUACAAUGGAGUUCGAGCCGCACCACUUUGGGACUCGGAGAAGCAACAGUUUGUGGGAAUGCUCACGAUAACAGACUUUAUUAAAAUCCUCCAAAUGUACUAUACAUCAGCAAAUUGUUCCAUGGAUCAGUUGGAGGAGCAUAAAUUGGAUACAUGGCGUGAUGUCCUCAAAAAUCAAGUGGUUCCUUUAGUCAGCAUCGGUCCGGAUGCCUCACUGUUUGACGCUAUUAAGACACUCAUUCACAAUAGAAUUCAUCGGUUACCAGUGAUUGAUCCCUUAACAGGAAAUGUUCUCUACAUUUUAACACACAAACGUAUUCUGAGGUUCCUCUUCCUUUAUAUUAAUGAAUUACCAAAACCAUCGUAUAUGCAAAAGACACUGCGUGACCUGAGAAUUGGAUCCUAUGACAACAUUGAGACAGCCACAGAAGAUACCAGCAUCAUUAUGGCACUACAUAAAUUUGUGGAAAGGAGAGUGUCUGCCCUUCCCCUUGUGGACAUUGAGGGUCGUCUAGUCGAUAUUUAUGCAAAGUUCGAUGUUAUUAAUUUAGCAGCCGAGAAGACGUACAAUGACUUGGAUGUGUCCCUGAAGAAGGCCAAUGAGCACAGGAAUGCAUGGUUUGAGGGUGUCCAGAAGUGUCAUCUGGAUGAGACACUGUACACGAUAAUGGAGAGAAUUGUAAGGGCAGAAGUCCAUCGUCUAGUCGUUGUCGAUGAAAAUGACAAAGUCAUCGGCAUCAUCUCCCUCUCGGACAUUCUGCUCUAUCUCGUGCUGCGUCCCUGCGGGGAGGGUAUCGGGGGCACGGAGCAGUCUGUCAGGGCGACAGAUUUGGCCAGGCAGGCGUCAACGGGCAGUAGUCGAGGGGAUUCCAAUAGUGCAUCGGGAUCGAGGAGUAUUGACAACAUUGCUGAAGAGGAGGAAAUUGUGGUGAAUGUGGAGGCAGUGGAGCCUGUUGUGGAGGCCACAGAGGCCCAGGAAGAAGAGGAAGAGGAAGAUGAGCCUGACAGGGUGUCUGUGGAGUCAGCGGAAGAGCCACAGAUGACAACGGAACAUAUUGAGCCGGAGGAAAGGGUGAAGGUUUGUGAUUCACCAACGCGAAGUCUCAAUGAAGAAUCUGCUGGACAGAAUUUAAUCAAUUCGACAAAUAUUACAAGGGAAGUCGCCAUGGGAAGGGAAAGUAUCAAAGAGGGUUUAGUGAUUGGGGGACUUUGACAAGAUAUUUCACACGACGACAUUGGCCUACGAGCAUGAGACUUAGUCCCGCAAACUGGGAUAAACACGGAUGAUAGAAAUUUUUGCUGUUCUUCUAUUUUAAAUCACAUUUUUUAUCCAAUUGACAAACUUUUUUUUUCAAUCCCUUUCUGUGGUUUUUAAUGCAAUUUUAAGGAGAAAUUUGAGGUUUUCAAUCAAAAUCACGCUCAAUGUUUUUAUUUUAAAUAAAUAAAUAUUGAAAAAAAUAAAGGCCGCAUAUUUUAGUGCCUUAGUCGCUUGUCGUCGUCACAAAUUUGUUAUCCAAAGAAACCCUCUGAUUUUUUUAAAAUUUUUUCUUCCUCCGAAACAGAUUGUGGUGGAUUUUCUUUUGAAAUGUCCAUUUGAUCGGGAAUAAUAUCCAACUUUUAUUGGAUAAAAUUUUUGAUCUCAUCGUUUUAAGAGACUUGUCGGCAUUAUUGGGUUUUCAGGCAGUUCCUGCGGAAUAAAAGAAUUUUAGGCCACGCCCCUUUCAGGAGUUCUGGUCAAAAUUAAAGUUUUUACAGCAAUUUUUCAAUAUUUUAUAGUGGACUGUGAGAAUCUUAACUCUGAUAAAAAUCGCUCGUAAAAGUUUUGUAAAAUCUCGUUGCCCCGAAAAGUAACGAGAUGUUUGGCUACCCCUGUCGCCAUAGCGAUUUUUGUAAAAUCUUUUCAUUUUCAACAAGAUAUCUUGUUGAUAGCGGAUACUGCACAUUUUUUACUAAUAAUAUACAAAAUCUUGUAAAAGUUUUGUCAGUAUUCUUUUUUUAUUCACCAAGAAAUGACGAUUUUUUAGUCGGAAAUGGUCUCUAAAGUCCUAUUUAACCAUUUCCUGCAGACAGCAUACCGGCGUAUAAUUGCUAUAUAUAACAAAAAGCAUGAAAAUCCUGAUUAUUAUAUCCACAAAAUUGAUAAACAAUUUGACAGAAAAUAUUCCAAGACCAUUUUGAGAGAAAGGGAUAAAAAUGGAAAAGAAAACGAUAUAUUUUGCAACGCCAUCUAUUGAGAAAUUACCAUGAAAACCAGAUUUUGAGAAAACUUUUAGAAGAAUUUUGUUAAUUAAUUUUGGUGGAUUCGGUUUUAACAGGAAAUCUUGUUGAAAAUGAAAAGAUUUUACGAGAAUCCCAAUGGCGACAGGGAUAGCCAAACAUCUUGUUACUUUUCCAUAUAAAUUGACUUAUUUUACAAUUUUUUUACGAGAUUAUUUACCAGAUAUUUUUUUCAAAGAACCAAGGAAAGAGCCACGACCAACUAAUUCUUAGUCACAACUGUUGCAAGAAAAAUAGACCACGCCUACAGAAAACGUUUAAAAAAGAAAAUUAAGUGACUUUUACAAAAAUUACUACAUUUAAAAUGUAGAUAACUGUGGAUAAAAAAAGUUUUCUGGUGAGGAUAAUGGAAAAAAAGUGGGCGUGGCGUUAGAAAAGGUGUGGCUUAAUAUAUUCUCUUCAAGUUGUCGUUUGCUUUUAUGAACCAUACGCGUCACUGACUGGACUUUAUGCUAUAUUUGAGUCAAAUAAUGAAUAAUUGGUGCUAGAGAAAUAUCAGAAAUAUAAUGCCCUUUGGAUGAGCUCAAAUACCAACAGAAGGGCGUGGCUUAUUUUAUUUUCUUCCCAUCCUCCCUGAUUUCCAUCAAUCUUACAAAACAAUUGAGUUUUAAUGAUUUUUGGAUCAGAUAAUAAAUAAUUGAAGUACGGAAAAUAUUGGGUUCCUUUCAUGAGCUCAAAUAUAAAGAAGAAGGCGUGGCUUAUUUUAGUUUCCUUCCAUGGGACCUAAUUUCUAUCAAUGUUACGAAACAAUUGAGCUUAAAUGGUUUUUUGUCAGAUCUUAAAUCAUUGGAGUUCGAGAAAUAUUGUGUCCUUUUGAUGAGCUUAAAUACAAUCAAUUUGUUCAAAUAAGUGGGCUUGGCUUAUACUAUUUAUCCUCCCUGCUUCAUAAUUUUCCAAAAUUUUACAAAACAAUGAAAGUUUAAGUAGUUUUUGGAUUAGGUAUUUAAUUAUUGGAUUUGACGAAAUAGCAAGGGCAUUGGAUGAAUACAGAUACAAACAAAUAGGCGUGGCUUCAUUUACCUAUCCUCCCUACUUCCUCACAUUGAAUAAUAUUAAUUAAGAAACAAUGAAGUUUAAAUGAUUUUUGGAAAAUAUUAUUAAACAUCCAGAUAAAAUAAUUAACUUUGAAUGGGUUGCAAUGCAAAGAAGUUAAUGGAAUUUCAGAAGAGGCGUGGCAAUACGUGGAAUUAAGGGGCGUGGCAUUUAUCCUCUAGAGCAUACACAGUUUGUGCGUAUCUAGUUAUAAAAAAUAAACUCCAACGUUUUAAUUUCAAUUUUAAAUGUCUUAUAAAAGAUUCCCAAUUAAUCCUCUUUGACCAAAGAAGUUUUGUAGGGGCGUGGUUUAUUUUUUCAUGGAUACAGUUCUCAGGCAAAACUUCGGAAGAAAAUACUGAUGAAUUGUUUAAUAUAAAUUGAUAAAUAUUGAAAAUCGUGAAAUCUUGCUUUCACUUGGCCUUAACUCUCAAAGAAGGAGGGGCUUAAAACUCUCAAAAGGCGGGACUUUCAGCAAAACGUACCAAUGUCGACUACCUAAUCAAAUGGACACUUUAAAACUUUCCACUACAAAAAAUUCCCAAAAAAUGAAUAAAUAAAAAAAAUCCUGAGUGAAAGAGCUUCAUGAAACUCUCUAAUUCAGUUUCGGAUAUACAACGAUAUUCCAUCCUCGAUUAUGGAAGAUUAAAAACAAAAUUUAAAAAAAAAAUACAGAAUAAAAUCAAUUGAUAAUGAAAAAAUGCAAGUAAGAAAAUUCACCAAAUUGAUGUGAAAUCAAAUAAUGUUCAUUUCCGGGAGGAAAAACAAACUGGAAUGAGAUAUCAUUUUAGUAAACAGAUACAAAUGUAAGGAUAUAAAAUGAAAAAAAAAUCCAAUAAAUAGGAUGUGAUAUAUAUUUGAUGAUAGAGAGAAAACAAGAGAGAUAUGCGUAUGAUGAUUAGAAUAACACAUUGUCCUUUUCUUGUAUAUUUUACACACAAAAAAAACUUAUAUAUAUUUACUAAAAAAAAAAGAAAAAAAGCGGAUGGAUAAAUUACUGAGAAAUGAAUUUAUUAAUAAUAGCGAGAGAAUAAUUAAUGAAAGAUUGGGACACUCCCAUUUUACAUUUCAAAGAAAAAAGCUGUUCUAAAAUUUUGUGGUUGGAAUUGUCAGAAUUAAUCACAAAAAAUCGGGAAUAAUACUAAAUAUAGAAAAUCGUAGAUGACAAGGGGUAGAAGACUGUGAGGCUCACAGUUCACUCGAGUGGCCGAUUGUCGAUCUUCUGCAAAUUGUGCUGAUUUGUCGAUCUGUCGAUCUCUACAGGAGUCGGUUCGAUCUUUGCGUCUGGUGAUCUCUAAAACGAUUGACAUAUUUAUUGAUAUUUUGCAGGGAUCGUUAUGACUUUACGAUUUGUCGAUCUCUUCAAAAAUGGUGUUUAUCAAUCUGUCGAUAUUUUGCAAAGAUCGACAGACAGACAGAUCGCCAGCAAAGGCAUCAAUUUUUUACAGCUUUUACAAAGAUUGUGCUGAAAUGUCGAUCUGUCGAUUUCUACAAAGAUCGUUCAGAUUAUCGAUUUUCCUAUAUUUUGCAAAGAUCGUUCUGAUCUUUCGAUCUGUCAAUAUCUACAAGGAUUAUCCGAGACGUCAAUCUCUUGCAAAGCCUUCACUGAAAUGUCGGUCUGUCGAUCGCUACAAAGAUCGUUCCGAUCAUUCCAAUUGUCGAUCUCUACAAAACUUGUAUUGAUCUAUCGAUCCGCAGAUCUUUUACAAAGAUCGCUCCAGUCUUUUCAAAGAUUGUGCUGAUUUAUCCAUCUGUCGAUCUUUUAAGAGAUCGUUCCGAUUUCACAAUUUGUCGAUCUCUUCAAAGAUUGUGCUUAUCAAUCUGUCGAUCUUUGGUAAAGAUUGUUCCGAUCUUUCGAUCUGUCAGUCUCUACAAGAAUUGUCCAAGACGUCAAUCUUUUGCAAGGAUUGCACUGAAAUGUCGAUCUGUCGAUUUCUACGAAGAUCGUUCUGAUAUAUCGAUCUUCCUGUCUUUUACAAACAUCGUUCUGAUCUUUCGAUCCGUCAGUUUUUACAAGGAUUGUGCGAGACAUCAAUCUUUUACAAAGAUUGCAGUGAUAUGUCGGUCUGUCGGUCUCAACAAGGAUCGUUCCGAUCAUUCCAUCUAUCGAUCUCUACAAAAAUCGUAUUGAUCUAUAGAUCUGCAGAUCCUUUGAAAAGAUAGCUUUAAUCUUUCAAUCUUUUCAAACAUCGUGCUGAUUUAUCCAUCUGUCGAUCUUUUAAGAGAUCGUUCCGAUUUUACAAUUUGUCAAUCUCUUCAAUGAUUGUACUUAUCAAUGUGUCGAUCUAUGUUUAAGAUCGUUCGGAUCUUUCGAUCUGUCAGUCUCUACAAGGAUUCUGCGAAACAUCAAUCUUUUGCAAAGAUUGCACUGAAAUGUCGAUCUGUCGAUCUCUACAAAGAUCGUACUGAUCUAUCGUUCUGCCGAUCUUUUGCAAAUCAUUAAUUGUUUUCGAAUUGGAGAUCUCUGCGAGGGUUUUGCAAAUCGACGAUUUCUUCAAAGAUGGUGCUGAAAUGUCGAUUUUUACAUUUCUACAAGGAUCGUUCAGAUUUAUCGAUAUUCCUAUCUUUUACAAAUAUCGUUCUGAUCUUUCGAUCUGUCAAUCUCUACAAAGCUUGUACGAUACGUCAAUCUCUUGCAAAGAUUGUGCUGAAAUGUCGAUCUGUCGAUCGCUACAAGGAUCGUUCCGAUCACUCCAUCUGUCGAUCUCUACAAAAAUCGUAUUGAUCUAUCUAUUCUCCGAUCUUUUGCAAAUCAUUUGUAGAUCUCAGCAAAGAUUAUAAAAAUUGUCGAUCUUUUACAAAGAUUAUGCUGAAAUGUAGAUCUGUCGAUCUCUAAAAGGGUCGAAUCAGUCUUUCCAUCUGCCGAUUUUUUGCAAAAAUCGUUCUAUUCUCUCGAUUUAUUUACAGAUCAUGCUGGUUUAUUAAUAACAAUCGUUAGCAGAGAUCGUAACGAUUUUUCGGUCUGUCGUUCUCUAUGAAGAUCUUGCAGAUCUAUCGAUCUCUCAAUCUUCUACAAAUAUCGUUCUGAUAUUUCAAUCUGUCGAUCUCCAUAAAGAUUGUGCGAAACGUCAAUCUUUUACAAAGAUUGUGCUGAAAUAUCGAUCUGUCGGUUUCUACGAAGAUCGUGCAGAUCGGUUGAUCUGCAGUUCUUUUGCUAAUAACGUUCUGAUGGUUCGAUCGCUCUAUUUCUAUAAGGAUUGUGCGAAAUGUCACUCUUUUUUUUAAGAUUGUGUUAGCAAUGUCAAUCAGUCGAUUUCUACAAAGAUCGUAGUAAAGAUCUUUCAAUCUGUCGAUCAUUUACAAAUAUCGUUCUGGUCUUUCGAUCUGUCAAUUUCUACAAUGGUCAUUCCGAUCAUUCCAUCUGUCGAUCUUUACAAAGAUCGUACUGAUCUAUCGAUCUGUCGAUCUGUCGAUCGGUCGAUCUCAUGUACAGAUCGUUACGAUUUUGCGAUCUAUCAAUCUCUUUAAAUAUCGUGCUGUUCUAUCCUUUGCUUGGAUUAUACAGAGAUUGUAAUGAUCUUUCGAUCUCCUUAAAGAUCAUACUGAGUUAGAUCGAUUUGUCGAUCUAACGAUCUUUACGAAGAUCGUUCCGAUCUAUUGAUUUGCUCUUAUUUUGCAAAUAUCGUGCUAUCUUUUCCAAAGAUCGUGUCGCUCUAUUGAUCCUUUACAAAGAUCGUACUGAUCUACCGAUCCUUUUUGCAGAGAUCGUACCGAUUUUUUGACACAAGAUCAGAAUCAAUAAAUUAAUGAGUCGCUCAAGGUCCACUAUGAGAGCCACUUGUUCACCAUCCCUCGUCAAUUGAUUAAUUUUGAUCAAUUCCUCACCCUGUUUUCCGGAAAGCACUUGCAGAAUUUUUCCAUAAACACUGUGAAGCUAAAUAAUGUAAAAAAAAAUAUUAAAGAAAAAAAACUUUUUUGUACAUAAAGCAUGGCAUAGAAGCUGAAAAAAAAUCGAAAACUUCACAAAAUAUCUUCUGAAAAGGUAAAAAACAAUUUUAAAAAUAACAUUUUUAUCCGUUACCAACACUUAUUGUGCCAUAUUAAAUCGCGCAGCACACAAAUAAAGAAAAAACCUAUUAAAAAAAAAAAAACAAAAAAAUAAAAAAGGAACAAUUUAUCAAGGAGAAAUAAAUCCUAAAACAAUAAAGCAAUGCUUCUUGUUAGACAGAAAAGAAAGCUACUGAAUAAGAUGUUGAAAACUUUUAAUAAAUGGAUAAAAUACAGAAAAUAAAACAGAAUCCUAGUGAAAUUAAAUAAAAAAAAAAUAUAAAUAAAUAAAAUAAUAGUAAUGCUUUAAAGUACAAAAAGAAAUAUUGGAGAAAAGCCCAUAAGAAGAAUUUUAAAAUUAACAACGGCAAAAGAAGAAAAUAAAAAUAUUUUUGUAGAUAGUGAGAAAAGGAUUUGGCGCUAAAAAGUACUUUUAAAAAACAAUUUCUCAAUCUUUAAGUACAUUUUUUUUUAAAUAUUUGAUAGAAAUCCUAACAUUUUUGUGUCUCUGUCUUAAAAAUCAUUGUGUACUUCAGUUUUUUUUUGUUUUAAUUUCUUAUUUUUUCGAUUUUUAUUUAAAAUCCUGUUUUUUUUGACAAAGUAAAAAGUUUAUCAAAAGCGAGAAAGGAAAAAAAUAUAAAUAUUAGGAUAACUUGCAAGAAAUAUUUAAGAAAAUACAGAUGAUUAUUAAUUAAACAAGAAAAAAAAUACUAGGCGACAUAAUGAAAAUAUUUAAAGAAAAUUGAUGAUCUUCAUAAGAAAGAUCAUCGGAAGUGUAUUUAAAUGAAGAUAAAAAAAAAAGAAAAAUCCACAGAAUAGUGCGAAAAAGAGACUAUAAGAAAACGGUGAAAUAUGAAGGAGAAUAAAAAGGACACUAAGUACUUUCAUUAUUUUAUUUACAAUUUAUUAAUUAAGUUUAGUAGGAAUGCAAAUAAAUUUUCUUAACGACAGAUCACUUUGAAGAUUGAAGUCAAUCCCACAUUGACUUUCUCUCGAACAAAAAAAAAAGAGAGGUAUCAGCGAUCUAAAGAAUUAUAUAAAACAACAAAGGAGAUUUGUAAAGUGUACAGAAAAAACUGUGAGAUAGAGAAAAUAUUAAAAAUUUAAAAAAAAAAAUAAAAAAAAAGAAUUUAAAAAACAAGGAUUCUUAAAGAUCGCGAUAGAGAAAAAAUGAUUGUGGGAAAGGCAGAAGAAAUAAUGUGAGAAAAAAUAUUGCUGCAAUUAAAAUUGAUAAAACAAACAAGAGAA